AUGCGCCUGGCUCUCCUCGCGGGACUACUCCAGCUCAGCGACGUCCGAGCCCGGAGCUUCAGCGUCCACGAUGAUCUUCUAGCAUUUCCUCAGUUCGACGUCAUCUUCUCGGAUGGAUGGGUGUCGAAGAGCGAUGCGCAGGCCCUGAUCAAGGGCGAGGCGCCACCGGGGGCGACUGCAUCAUCAUCCGACCUCUCGGAGGCGACGGCAGCACGGAGCGGCAUCCCGGAAGACGAGGGCGGAACCGACGAGAUCGCCCGCAGAGAGUACAAGAUCAUGAACCUGUCAUCGCGCGAAUACCUCUGCACGAUACCAGUCCUGCAGCGACCGACGGGGGACGACCAGACGCUCAACGAGCUAGCCAAGGCCGAGGAGGCCAAGGAGCUCAGCCGGGCGACGGCCAGCGGAUGGGAGCUGCUCGGGGACCUGGAGGGUCGCUGCCUCUACUUUGGCUCCGGGUGGUGGACGUACAAGUUCUGCAAGAACCGCGAGAUUGUGCAGUUCCACGCGGCCGCCGUCAACGUGCCCGGGCAGCCGCCCCGUCGCGACCCGUCGACGAUUGAAUUCGUGCUCGGGUCCGUCCCCACGAUCCCCAUGUCCUCGACGUACAACCGACAGCAGCAGCAGCAGCAGAGCCACGACGGAGGCGGCGGCAACGAGGACGGGCAGCAGGACAGCAGCAACGACAACGACAACGACAGGAAACCCCUCCCCGCAGAAGUGCAGACCAAGGGAGAGCAGCGAUACCUGGUGCAGAGGCUGGAGGCGGGCACGGUGUGCGACCUCACCGGCCGCGAGCGCACCAUAGAGGUGCAGUACCACUGCGUCCCCGGGCUGAGCGACGCCAAGAUCUCGUGGAUCAAGGAGGUCACCAUCUGCGCCUACCUGAUGGUCGUCAACACGCCGCACCUGUGCAACGACGUCGCCUUCCUGCCCCCCAAGGAGACGACGGCCAACCCCAUCAGCUGCCAGCCCAUCGGCGGCAUCGACGGCCAGCCCCUACUAGACGACGCCAAGGUUAAGAUGUACAAGCCCGGGGCUGAUGCGGGCGCCGCCGCCGACGGCGACAAGACUGCCGCCGCGGCCGCCGCCGACGACGACGAGGGGGGGCGCGAUGAUGUCGCAGGUGUGUCCGAGCCCGACGACGCCGAGCAACAACCUCUACCGGCUCCCCCGCAGCCCAAGGUGGUGGGGGGCGUGGUGGUGGGCGCUCGUCACGUGCUCUCGAGCGGGGACGAGGACGGCAAACCGCCCAUGGAACUCUCCAGGCCAAAGGCCAGCGUGCCCAAGGGCGGCGGCCCAGGUUCAGGCGCGGCGGCCGACGAGGGGACGGUGGCGGAGCUAGUGGCCCAGGCGGCCAAGAAGGCAAAGGGCGGAAAGACGCAGGUCAUGACGCCCGAGCAGCUAGAGGAUCUCGACGUCGAUCCCCAGGUCAUUGCCGAGAUGAGAGUGGAGGUGGAGAGGUUGGCGGGUCAGGCCGGCUGGCGCAUAGAGAUUGUGGAUCUCCCCAAUGACGAUAGGGAGAUUCGAGGCUACAUCGAUGACGAGCCGGAACAGGCACAUGAGGCGGAGGGGGAUGGUACGAAGAAGGAUGAGGAGAGGCAGGGGCAGAAGCAGGGUGAUGACGACGGGGCCGAGGGGCAAGGUGAGAGGAGGAAGGAUGGCAGCCAAGAGCAGAUGUUUCGGGACAGGGAUGAGCUGUGA